GGGACGGGAUGGGAUGGGAUGGCGACGUCCUCGCUCCCGACACCGCGGUACGAUCACGUGGGGCCGCACGGGCCCUUCCGCGAUGUGUAUGAGCCGGCCGAGGACACCUUCUUGCUGCUGGACGCGCUGGAGCAGGACGCGGCCCGCCUGAGGCAGGCCCGAGUUGAGAUCUGCCUUGAAAUAGGAUCUGGAUCUGGUGUGGUUUCGACAUUUGUAGCUUCCUCCAUUAUUGGAUCCAGUGCACUGUAUAUAUGCACAGAUAUCAACCCAAUGGCAGCUUACUGUACAUUGGAGACAGCUCUGCUUAACAACGUUCACCUUCAGCCAGUCAUUACUGACUUGGUCAAAGGACUGUCUCCAAGAUUAAAUGGGAAGGUUGAUCUACUGCUAUUUAAUCCACCAUAUGUGGUGACACCUUCUGAAGAGGUGGAAAGCCACGGAAUAGAGGCAUCCUGGGCUGGUGGCAAGAAGGGCAGAGAAGUAAUGGAUAGAGUUUUUCCAUUAGUACCAGACCUACUUUCACCAGAAGGAUUAUUCUACUUGGUCACAAUUAAAGAAAAUAAUCCAGAUGAAAUCCUGGAAACAAUGAAGAAACAUGGCUUAGAAGGCACACGAGUACUUUCCAGACAAGCAGGACCAGAGAUGCUUACUAUCCUCAGAUUUAGGAAGUCACUGAUAACUGCUCUUCAUCUGCCAGACACUAGACAUGCAGAAAGCUGAACACAAGAGAACUGAAGUUGCCCAAUCAGAUUUUAAGCCUAGAUUUUCCAUCCUCUUGAAGAGUAUCUUCACUUCCUGAUUACUGCAGUGAAACUGAUCAAGAUGCUGUAUUUAUUUUUAUUCUGGAUGUCAACCAGCAAUUGUUGGCUGUCAGAGGUGUAGUGGUUCUCUAGCUAUCCACAGGACAGUUGAAGGGCAACUGUGAAAUACCCUGCCUUGUUGUAUUUGCACUUCAAUAUUGAAAACUGUUUCCUUUAUAAAUAGGUAUUUGUAUAUUUUGUCAUUGUGGCUUAUUAAAAUAAUUUACUUGAUAUAA